AUGGAUGCCGAGAAUCACUUUCUGAGCCCGAAGAAGCUACAGAGGUUUCUGAAGUUAUGCAACAAGGAUGCAGGUACAAAAAUGGAUCAUGAGGUUGUCAAGAAUCUACAGCAACUGAUUGAGAAGUUCCUUUCGGACAUUAUCCACAGAUCUGCAUUGUUGAGUAAGCAUAAAGGAAAAAACAUAAUAGAAAGAAGUGAGAUUCAGCUGAUAAUCGAGAAGGACUUUGACUACAGUUUUGGAGCAAGAGAAAUAUUGGGAUCGAAUAGUAUGCCAAGUAAUGAGCAUAUAGAGAAGAUGGCAGAGAUAAGCAGACAGAGUAAGUAA